AUGCUCUCAGGGCACUUCACCAUCUGUCUACUCUUUCUUUUUUUAUUUUGCAUAGGACGUGCUCAAGCCUUGGAUCCUUACUAUGCCCCCACACCGGUAAUCUGCCCUUCAGAUGACAGUCUAAUCCGAGAUACCGGUACACCUCGAGAUCGGAAUCAAACGCUCCACAAGGACGAAAUUGCUUAUGUGGAAGCUAGGAAGAGACCAGUACUUGAAGGUCUUCAAGACUGGCUUAGCAACCUUCCCGAGCAAGUAUACCUUGGGGUCGUCGCGGAGGACAUACCCUCGAUUGCCCUUUCCCUGUCUGGAGGAAACUUCCGCGCCGCGCUCUUCAGCGCUGCCGCUCUAGAGGCCUUCGACUCCCGCGACAACAGUAGUGUCAAGAAUGGUCUCGGGGGGCUUCUUCAGUCGUCGACGUACAUGUCGUCGCUUUCAGGAGGAUCGUAUGUGGCUACCAGCUUGGUAUUCAACGACUUCGCACCUGGCCGCGAUCUCGUUUUUGGCGACAAUGCUACGUCCAAUCCUGGUUGGCAGCUCGAUCAGGCUCUGCUUACACCAGGAAGCCAGGGCCAAGAUACAACUGCCUUCAUCGGGGACCUGAUGAACGACCUCGGGGCGAAGAGGCUAGGCGCGAACUUCACGGUAACAUUCUGCGACAUGUGGGGUAGAGCACUUGCGUACCACUUUCUACCAGGAACACCGCCAGGCUCGUUCGCUUCCAAUGCUACCUCCGGAAACCACGCCGCGUCUGUGACGUUCUCAUCGAUGACAAAUCUGACGGUUUGGAAGAACCACAGAGUGCCGUUUCCCCUUGUCGUCAUCAAUGUCAACUCUCCUAAUGCACACGGUACCGUCUUCGGUGGAAACGGGACUCUUCCCUUGCAAAGCGUCAACUACGAGCUUAACCCUUUUGAGUUCGGAUCGUAUGAGCCCCAGCUCGCAUCCUUUGUUUCCCUUCCGUACCUCGGCUCCACGUUCUCCAACGGCACUCCGAUCCAUUGCGUCAACGACUUUGACAACACCGGUUUGAUGAUAGGCACCUCGUCCUGCGACUUCAACCCGCUCAAUGUAACGAACUCCUCGGAGUGGACAAGCCCCGAUGGGCUCGGUGGCCUCGUCGGCUUGAUCAACGAGACUUUCGGGACGCUGCAGCCAGGAGCAGAAUACGACGCCACUCUCGUUCCGAACCCGUUCGUUGGCAUGCACCAUGUAGACUAUCAAGACACAGCAGAGGCCAACCUUGCGCUCAUGGAUGGUUCCCUUGAUGACCAGAACGAUCCGUUGUUCCCUCUUCUCGUCAAGGCUCGGAAGGUCGACAUGAUAGUGGUGCUCGACUCGUCGGGCGAGACUAGCGAUUUCAAGCCGACAGGCCAAUCUCUUCUCGCAACGCGGGAGAAGGUCUCCGUACUCCCUCAAGGUUUCAUGAACUUCCCGACCCCUUUCCCACAAACGCAGCGGGAGUUCCUGGACCUCAAACUGAACAUGCGCCCAGUCUUCUUCGGCUGCGACGGGCCGAACAGCACGGAUGCCACCUUCCCGUGCGUCUCUCCACCCAGUCCCUUUGCCCCGAACCACGCGCUGACCUGA